CCGCGCCCGUCGUUCAAUGUCCGCCAUUGGCUGUUCCGAGGCCAUCCCACCUGCUAACCCGCAGGUAACUGUCAGUCGCAACAGAUUCAGCGUCUUCCCAGGCUCCUUACAGACGCCUUGAGACGUCUUAGCGCACUGCUCGAGCUGUUUAAGGUUUUUACACGGACACAUGAAAGAGUUGGACGAGGAUACCGCCUAGAUGCGCUCCACCGACCACCCCACAACAAGCUGAAACAAGAUUUCCCGACUGUUGGAUACCGGCAGUGACAACCAAGAUGGCGCCGCGUCGGAUCUGCGGACUCAGCAAGGACGUCACGCUCUCAGUCCUUCCCAGACUGCACUUCGACGAGCUGAUGGUGGAACUGCGCAGGCGCGAGAUCGACGCGCGGGGCAUCCUGGUCCGGGUGCUGAAGGGGGUCAUGGUCCUGGAGUAUCAGGAACAGGAGGAGUAUCUAACUGAGGCAGAGACGUCUUCCAAAACCUCCUCUAUUGCUGACCAACAGAGUGCAGGUACGGACGACUUCACGCUGGAUGACGGUGACGCCAGCCACGGCGACCGGCGCUUCUCUCUCUGUACCUCCUCCCCGGAGCAGGGGUACGUUUCCAUGGAGAUGGACACGUCACCUAAACCGGAAAUGACGCAGUCCAACCCCGAGUCCGAUUUCGCAGGCCACAGUGAUGAAACAGCACUCGAAGCGCAAGAAACUGGCCCUAUGGACGGAAAACGGACGCUUAUUGGUCAGACCAGCAGUGAAAAGGCAUUUAGAAGCGAACUGAACCAAUCAGAAGAUGGCUCAGACUGCUAUGGCAUUGUAAUCUCUUCGACCACGUCGUCUUCCGGAACGGUCUUGUCCCCAGAAGGUUUCGCCGUCGAUACGGGGACGGUUGGCGGGAUGGCAGAAUUCUACACGGCUGCAGUCCCGAACAGGCACGCGCUAGAGCCGACACAGGGUUUGAAUCAAUCAACGCAUCAAACCAAUGAACAAGCCUCAAGUUGUUUCACAGAAGAAGCGCAAGGUGGGCAAAGGCCGCUUUCGUCGUCUACCACGCCUAUGUCUCUAGAUUAUCGUGUUCAUGAAACUACGCGACAUGGUAAUGUUUCAUCCGUGGCACCAGCCGAUACGUUAAGAAUCACAAAAAGUGAAGAACCAAGAGCUGACUGCAGGGGUAGCGUGGAUGGGAGCUCCAUGGAAACGCGUGGUUACCUUGACAACGGUUUGUCCUUGGUCAACAGACAGAACGACGCACGACGGAACGAUGUACCAUAUUCCGCGAGAAGCGAGGCAGAACACGGUAGGUGUCCAAGCAGCAAUAGGGAAGUGGCCCAGACCACGGACGGUAACGGGUACCACAGUCGUGACAACGGUGACUCCAGGGGAGAACAGGUCAGACCAAGUGAAACAGGCGACGACGGCGUUGCCACGGACGACCGUUAUCACCAUGGAGACGCCGCACACAACAGCCAGAGGAUCGAUGACUUCCGGGAGCAGGUGAAAAACGGGACCGACGCUUACUACACUGCUGCCAACGUUGCCAUGGCAACGGAGAGUGAAAGGCAAGCUACGGCAAAUGACGCGAUCAUAGAACGGUAUGGAAACCAAGGAAACAUUGGUUACAGUUUCCCUGCCAACGGUGUUCUACACCAAUCGGGCGGCGAAGAAGUUCGGACUAACGCCACAGUGCCUCUCGAUCAGGGGACUGAUGGGCAACACUGUGGUAGCUAUGACGACGGUAACUAUGACAACGGCGUUCUAAAUCUUACCACCCGCAACCCUUUCGAGAACGUUCGUAUCAAGGUGGAGCCGGUAGACGAAUUUUCUGAAGAGUUCGGACAAGUGAACAUGCAGAGUUUGUCAGGACAGGCGUCGGAUGGUUGCCAGGCAACAGCAUCCCUGUUAGCCAAUCAAGGGCCUGGCUACACCCACUCAACCAUGACGUCACAAACGGAGGGAGAUACCAAUGCGGUGAACCAAGGCAAAGCACCGAGCAAGUGGUGGAAGUGCCCCCACUGUGGAUUCGUGACUGUGCACGGGGGUGCCGUGGGGAGCCACCUGAGGACCCACGCCACGGCCGAGUACCCGCACGUCUGCUCCUACUGCAACUUCAAAACCGUCACGAACGAGUUCCUGACCGCGCACGUGUACAGCGUCCACAUCGCCAGGCAGGUCUACCGGUGCCCGUUCUGCCGGUACGUGUCGCGUACUAACACCGCGGUGGAGAACCACAUGGUGAACUACCACUGGGAACUCACCGUGCUGGACGAAGGAUCACCUCCCGGGAGCGGAGUAGGAGGAGGCGGAGAGGGGAUGAGCGCGCUACCGCGUCCUCCGACGAAACGCCUGCACUGCCCGCACUGCGCGUUCACGGCGUCGCGACACCUCGAGAUGAAGAUGCACAUGUUCUUGCACGACAAGCCGUUCGUUCACGUGUGCCGGUUCUGCGGCUACAGGACCGCCGAGAGGCCCAACUACGUGCGGCACUUGAGGAUCCACGCGGGGUUCCGCCCGCACAAGUGUCCGUACUGCCCCUACAGCGCCUCCAUGAAACACCACCUCAACGACCACAUCCGGACCCACACGGGUGAGAAACCGUUCUUGUGCCGCAUGUGUGACUACAAGGCCGCCUUCAGGUCCAACCUGGCGCAGCACAUGAAGAAGGUGCACAAAGUCGUGGACAAGUUCAGGUGCCAACACUGCAGCUAUACGACCAUCUGCAAGCAGAGAAUGGAGGGUCACAUCAAACAACACGAGUGGAAGGAACGAGUGAAAAGGAAAAAACAACAACAGACGACAACCGACGGUGACGCAGCGACGUCAGAGACAAACGCCAAUGACGUUUUCGCGCCAGAAGAAGACGCAAGCGUAGACGUAGCUCCUCCGGUAUCAGAGAUGGCCCAAGAUCAAGAAAACCAUGAAACUUGCGCAGAAAGCUGAUUUCUAAGGUCAAGUCUUGCCUAAGGAUUGUAUUCAUGGCAAUCGCGUGUGCUGCAGAUGCUUGUAUCUUGGAAUACAUAGAAAUAUUUGACGGACUAGAAUAAUAUAAUAUGAAACCCACAGUACAUGUAUAUCCAGAAUUUAGAGGUGAUUCUUCCUCUAAAAAUGAAUUGUGCG